AGUCAAUAUUUUCUUUUAUGACAGAAUUCACUGGACAACAAAGUCUUUGGACGACAUGUGGCAUACCAAGUUGUAGCUGUAGUCUUACGAUAUGCUUUCCUCAUGUUUUGCUAUUUAACAUAGUUAGAAAUUAUUUACUUUAAUUGUUCAUUUCCUUUAAUGUGUGUGUGUGAGUGGAUAUUUUAUUGAUAGAAGAUGGCUGCAGCAAGAUGGAUAAUAUGCAUGCUUUUGGCAUUAAUGAGUAUGUGUUUGGUUUUCUGUAAUGCAAAACGUGAAUUAAAGAUUAAAGUUUUGAGAGUAUCAGAAGAUUGUAAAACUAAAGCUGCAACUGGUGAUCGAGUUGUUGUACAUUAUACAUGUAGAUUAAUAGAUGGAACAGUCCUAAGAAACACCUAUGACAAGGAACCAGAUACAUUUAAGGUUGGGGCUAGGGAAGUUAUUCUAGGUCUUGAGUAUGGAAUGAUCUCUAUGUGUGUUGGAGAGAAGAGAUUUAUAGAAGUUCCUUCUGAUAUGGCUUAUGGGGAAGAAGGCAAGCCACCUUCUAUUCCAGCUAAUGCCACCCUUUUAUUUGAAGUUGAAUUAUUAGAAGUUAAAAGAUCAUUAUUAGAAUCCAUUUUAGACAGAAAACUGUGGUUUAUUAUUUAUAUUGUGGCUGGAGUUUUUCUUAUUCUGUUAGUUGUAUUUAAAUGUUUACCAAAUUUCCCAUCACAGAAACAAAAAAUUGCCAAGAAUAAGAAAAAGAAUUAAUGUCUUAACUAGAAAAUUAGUUGACUAUUUUGUAUUGAAGUGGAACCUGCCUUGUUCCACUCAUAAUUUACACUAAAACUGCAAGUUCCAUUUACUACUGUCAGAGUCAUCAAAUUUUUAAAUUGUAGAUUAUUCUAUAACUCGGCAAUAAACAAUUAUAAAACUC